ACCAGUUUUAGCCAAAAAAGGGCAAGAAGCAGAAUCACGACAGGACCAGAAACAGAAAAAGUAUUACAGGAAAAAUGAAGGUUGCAGUAUUUGCGCUGGUUUUGAUAUGCCUGGGCAGUGCAUGGUCAUGCGUGGGAUCCCAGCCUCUUGAUAGCAGCUCACUGAAUGACAUCCAGAAGUUUAGCCGUCGUUAUGCCGAAUCAACCAUUGCGAGUGACAUCAGCAAAAUCGUGGACUCGAUGGUUCAGAAAAACUUUGUAAACUUUCUGCUCAAUCAGAGGGAGAAGAAAAGCGAACCAGCUACAGAUGAUCCAGAUCGCCGCAUCUUCAAUGACCUGCUGAAAAAAGAGUUUGUGAUGUGGAUUCAGAGAAAAGGUGAAGCAUUCAAGAAUCAAUAAAGCUAAACAGUUAACGUGCCUCUAAAGAACCCUGGACAACAGAUCGAAUCCAACUCUGAUUUGAAGAGCAAGAAUGUACCGGAAAUGCUUAGAUAAUCAAUGUACUGAAUAUCCUGUCAUCUAUGUCUAAAUGAACGUCUCCUAAUUAUAAUUAAAUUGUUUUCAGAAU